AUGGUGUUUGUGGGUCUUGGCGUUUUCACAAUAGUCUGUGAGACAAUAUUUAUGAUUGCCUUUGCUGUAAUGAAGGAUGAUUUCAUGGAAAUGACAAAACAACGCGUCGAAGAUACCUGGCAGCAGGAGUUAGUGAAACCUGGCUCUAUGUUGGAUGUGCAAAUACAAUACGAAUGCUGUGGCCUAAAAGGUCAACAGGACUACUUAGAUAAGGGUGAUAAACUGCCUUCCAGUUGCUGUUAUUUGGGCGACUGUUCCGAUAGUGAUAAUAUAUUUCCUAAAGGCUGUGAAGUGAUGUCAAUCAAAUUCAUCGACUCUCAGAGUGACAAUUUAAUAUUAUCUUUGGUUGGCCUAGUGGCUUUCGAGGCCCUUGGCAUUAUAUCGGCUUACUAUUUGGGAAAAGCUGUACAGACACGCGGUGUUAAAUCGGAGCAGGCUGUUAUGGAAUAAACUUUGUUAUCGCGAUCGAUGCAAAUCUUGUUGAAACUUAAAAUUGUUAUCAUAAUUUUUACGUUAAGAAGAGUAAAUUGUCUCAUUGUAAGAGACCUGUAGUUUCCAAGGUUUAUAGAUUCAAUUCUUAAUUAUGUUUCAAAGUUUAUAAAAUACAAUUUUUUAAUACUACUAUUA